GCCAUCUAGAAGAGACGAGAGCUUUGACAUUUUUCUCGUCCACUCGGACACGUGUCAAACUAUUACUCGUUAUAGCUUCGCCGACUUAGCUUUGUCGUGAACGAGAGUCGUCUUCAGCCUUUAGUAUAAAUCUAAACCCAAAUACUUGUUCUCUCUCUCACAAUUCUAAAAAUCUAAAAAAGCAAUCAGCCAAUCACCUCUCUCAAAUCGCAAAUUACGAUCAAGAUGCAGAUCUUCGUUAAGACACUGACAGGGAAGACGAUCACUUUGGAGGUGGAGAGCUCUGAUACCAUCGACAACGUUAAAGCCAAGAUUCAGGAUAAAGAAGGUAUUCCUCAGGAUCAGCAAAGAUUGAUCUUUGCCGGUAAGCAGCUUGAAGAUGGGCGUACCCUCGCUGACUACAACAUUCAAAAGGAGUCAACUUUGCAUCUCGUCCUCAGGCUCCGUGGCGGUAUGCAAAUCUUCGUUAAGACAUUAACCGGAAAGACUAUUACUUUGGAGGUGGAGAGUUCAGAUACUAUUGACAACGUCAAGGCUAAGAUCCAGGACAAGGAGGGUAUUCCUCCGGAUCAGCAGAGGUUGAUCUUUGCCGGCAAGCAGCUCGAGGAUGGUCGUACCUUGGCUGACUAUAACAUUCAGAAGGAGUCUACUCUCCACUUGGUCUUGCGUCUACGUGGAGGUAUGCAGAUCUUUGUCAAGACACUGACCGGGAAGACCAUUACUCUAGAGGUGGAGAGUUCCGACACCAUUGACAACGUGAAAGCCAAAAUCCAAGACAAAGAAGGCAUUCCUCCGGACCAGCAGCGUUUGAUCUUUGCCGGCAAGCAGCUCGAGGAUGGUCGCACCCUAGCUGACUACAACAUCCAGAAAGAGUCGACCCUUCACUUGGUGCUACGUCUCCGUGGUGGUUUCUAAAAACUUUGGUUUUAAAAGUUUACUGAUAACUAUGUUUGCGUUGUGAUCUCUCCUUUCGUUUUAAAGACAAAUAAAAGUUAUCUAUUGGAAUGUGUGGUCUUUUGCUUUUUUAUCCUCGUAUAUUUCUUCAAUUCUUAUAUGAUUGCUAUUUGUUGGUGGCA